CUGUCUACCACGUGAUCCAACAUGGCGGAAAUUUGACGUUUUUUAAAGUUGUCUCACGUUUUUACACAGUUUAAACUUGUUUUUGGCGCAUCUAAUGGAACAGUAACCGGUGUAUUUUAGUUAUUAGAAUUAGAAGACAUGGAGGGAUCUGAAACUGAACCAUUGACGGCUUCCUCGAGCUGUAUUCAGGGUAAUUCUCACGCCAAAACCGCAGCGGCGCAAGAGCUGUAUCCCGAAGAAGAUGAUGAAGACAUCCUGUUGCAGGCUGUUGUCUUUGUGGAAGAUGCCAUUCAUUACCGUUCCAUCCACCAUCGCGUGGACCCGUGGUCAUUACGCCUGUACCGCCUGUACUACUCCAACUGGGUCCAGUGGGGCAUGUACGCAGCCAUAUCCGUCCUGCUCAUUCUCGCGUUCUUCGAGCGCCCAUCGUCUCUCUCUUACACCUCCGACACGCAGAUGCUCUUCAGGGACAGAAACGGGACGAAUCAAACCAGCCAAUGGGAGCCCCCGUGCGGCGUUACGGAGUCGAUAGAACUGGUCUGUCUUCUCAUCUUCCUCGCUGAUUUUGUAGUCAAAACCUACUUAGUUGGAAAGGAGAAGUUUCUCAAAAGUCCGUGGUUGAUCGCGUAUGUUCUAAUCCUCAUCGUGUCGCUUCUGGAUUGGAUGGUGACACUUGGCGUCCUGUGUGUCGUACAAGUCCCCGGAACGCUGCGUUAUCGUCCGGUCUUGCGUAUUCGGCGCUUUCUACGUCCUUUCUUCCUCCUACAGAAUUCCUCUUUGAUGAAAAAGACUGUAAACUGCAUAAAGCGGACCCUACCAGAGAUUUUCGCAGUGCUGGUGCUACAGUUUCUCCAUGUGUACUUCUUUACAAUUGUCGGGAUGUUGUUGUUCUCGGAACCUGUGGGUUCAACUGGCCCUGGUAAAAACAGCACAUGGGUACCAGUAGACAGAGCUACAACUGGCAUCAGCGACCCGAACUUCCAUUCGCUGUGGAACGCUUUCAUCACGCUACUCGUCCUCCUGACCACGGCAAACAACCCGGACGUCACGAUGACGGCGUACUCUCACAACCGUCUGUACGCCGUCUACUUUAUCCUUUUCCUUGCGAUUGGCUUGUACCUCCUCUUCAACAUGAUGACAGCUGUCAUCUAUAACCAGUUCCGUGGCUACCUCCAGUCUUCGCUGCAGGGCAGUUUCUUCCGUAGGAGGGUCGCGGUACGUACUGCCUUUGAGGUGCUGAGUCAGCAGAACAAGGAGCUCAGCACGAACUCCGACAACGACAGCGUACGCGUCAGCACGAUCUACCACGUGAUCGAGAAGGUCUCCCUGCCGAAGGGCGCAGAACGGAGGAUCACGGACAAGUUGGGGAGGGACAUGUUCGGGACGUACAACGCGGCACAGUUCCAGGCGGUUUUUGAUCUGUUAGACUUAGACUACGAGGUUCAUCACAGGCCGCCUCUACCAGCAUUCAGACACUCCUGGCUACAGUUUCUACAGAAGAUGAUUGCACACCGGUACUUUGAGUACUUGUGUUGUGUGGUUGCCCUGUCCAACAUCCUCACAGUCUCUAUCCUGCUCACCAUAGAGUAUGAUCAGCUGAAUGCGACCAACUCAGACCUGGAACUCCUGAACUUUGUCUUUGUGGUGUACUACCUGGUGGAACAGUGCCUCAAGUUUGUCCUGCUGGGCUGGAGGUACUACAGGAUCAGGAAAACAUACAUCUUUGAUGCGUUGGUGACCUUCGGUCUCGUGAUAGUGGAGAUUAUGACGCUGGUAGAGUACGGGUCUCCUUUCUCUGAACUUGACCGAAAGGACAAAGUGGAGACCGUGAUCGAACUGUGGGACCUCAUCCGCAUCACCAACAUCCUCAUCAUGUUCCGUCUCCUACGCGUUAUCUCGCUCUUCAAAACCAUGUCCCUCGUGCUGAGCACGCUGCUCGACCUCAUCAAGAACAUGCGCGCCUUCGCGGGAAUCCUCGUCGUGAUCUACUACAUCUUCGCGAUCCUCGGGAUCGAGAUAUUCAGCGGUGUGACAGACUACGAGACCUUCCGCACCCCGAAUCUCACGUGCGGGAGCUACCAGCAGUUGAACUAUUGGGCCAACAACUUUAACGAUUUUGCCUCAGCGUUAGUCGUGUUGUGGGACGUGAUGGUUGUCAAUAACUGGAUGGUGUUUCUGUUCGCGUACAAGGAUGCGUUAAGCACGGGCUGGGCACAGCUUUUCUUCAUCGUGUGGUGGCUCGUCUCCGUGGUGGUCUACGUGAACUGCUUCAUCGCUCUCGUUCUUGAGAACUUCAUCACCAAAUGGGACAAGUCGAAUGCCAUUAAGGAAGAACCGGAAGACGAAGGGCGCAGUCGUACGUUAUCGUUUACAGAAGUCAGGGUAGAGUCGGUGCACCACUUGUUUAGAAGUGGUCUCACUGAACCCAAAGAGGAAGAAAUUAUGGAAGAGAUAAGACAACACCAACAUUUGGAAAUCAAGGUGUAGCUAGAUAAUAAGUGUAAAGUUUUCAUUUCUAUGUCGUCAUUUUUGCUUUGCGGGCAGUUUAGCAAACUAUGAACAUUUUCUCCCAAAUGGAGCGUGAUACACCCGUAAAUAACUAUCAGGUUGGCAAUUAUUGAUAUAGUAAGGUUCUUUGGACACAACCAUAGAGUACUUACUUCCAACGUUUCGAUGUCGGUCAGACGCCAUCAUCAGGGUUAGAAUGGCUGGAUAUGAUUCUCGCUACUGAUUCUCGGAGCAUGAUACAGUUUCUGGCAGGCCAGUGCAAUUUUUUCGUGGGCAGUUUAGUAUCUACAUUUGUAUAACAUUUCCCCCAAAAUGGAGCUUGAUAUUGAUACCAUUAAAUCUGGCAAUGCAGUGCAAUUUUGAAAAAGGGAGAUUUAUUUGCAAGAUAUUGUUUGUGCAAUACAAUGUUAUUCCAUGUGCUUUUCAGUGAAGUUAUAUUUUGGCAAAAAGUUUUAAUUUUUUUUGGAAUAGCUGACUAAAUUGAAAGCCUAUAGCUAUGAAAAUGAGAAGAACUAAAUAUUCCUAUAACAAAAAAUGUUGAAAGUCAAUGUGUAACACAUAGCUUUCAUUUGAUUGGCCAGGCCAAUCAGCCAAUCAGCAUGCCUGAUGUUUCAGGUAAUCCUUCUGAUUGGUCCAUGUGCGAACAGUUGUUAACAUCACAUCAUGAUUGUACAUUUCAUUGCACAUCUGAUUCAGUGAAUUCAGUUAAACUGACAGUAAAAGUAAGAAAUUAGAUAUUAGAUAGAAAGUAAGGUAGUAAAGGCGAACAUUUUCUAACAUGGAAAAGUAUGUGAUCGUGCCUCUUAGAACUUUCUCUGGUCAGCAGUUGUAUAAAGAGUCAAUUUUCUUGUAACUAAUAGUUAAGUUUAACGUGUUCCUCUAGAGUAUACAGUGCAAAAUUUUGACUAAAUUUACAGUUCACAAUUCUGGCUGUAUGAUAGGUACAUUAUGUUAAAGUUUGUGUUGAAACUUGAAUUGUAGAUCUAUGGCCAAUGGACAGUAUUCGUCUUUGGAGGUGCUAAGCUAAUGUCAAUUCUACAUAGAAAUUGUAGAAUUUUAUAAUUGAGAAUUCAAAACUUAAUGGUAUUUACACCAUCGUGCCCAAAACUUGUGAAAAUAUCAGAGACCAAAUGUACAGAAAGAAUUACUUUACUCUAUUGUUACAUUCAUACACAGAAAACAAAAAUAUAUUGAUAAAAACUGUAACAGUUAACGUUAUUCUGCUAGCUUUGAACUACUAAGUUUAUGAUGAAAUUAAAACAGAAAGGUGAUAACUU